AUGGCCCAGGCCCAUAGCGUCACUCCGCAAAGUCGGCCGCCGAAAAGUCGCUCCGUGUCCGCUAAACGCCAGCAAGGGACAAGUUCGCGCGUAACCCGGAGCCGCAGUCGAGAGCUUGGAGAGAGUCCGGCACCUUUGAGCUUCAAGGUUCCUUCAGUGCCACAAAGGAGUGACGAUGCCAGGAGGAAAUCUGUGCCACGAACUCCAAGAACCUCUGAUGUUUCAUCAAGGGGAAAUGGCCUUUCGACCAUCAAGGAGCACCGUACCAACGAUACAAGGCAUGGUCUAGAGUUCUCUCCCGGGCACCAGUCCAAUAUCAGUCAAACAUAUGUUGCCGAAUCACAGGCAGAUCAUGGCAACAUUUCAGGGACCACGAUGCUUCAAAUUGAUGACUCGGAGCAGGAGUCUGACGAACUCGACCCACAUCUAAUACUAGAUACCCUUCCCGACUUACUUAAUGCAUCCAACAAAGCUCUGGACCUUCUGGCGCCACCAGGGAUUUCUUAUACCAAAAUAUCCAAACAUUUUCAAACACCCAAGUUUGCCGCCAGGCUCAAUAGGAUCAGAGAGACCUUUCAAACACAAAAGAAGUGCAUUGGGAAAGCCAAUUUUAUUCCCGUCGAACGUUCUGCCGUUGCGUUAUCUUCCAUCAAACAACUAAAUUGGAAAUCACAGGGACUAUAUCAAAAAGCUAAUCUGGCACAGCUAGCUCUGGACCUGAUAAACCCUCACCCAACCACAUCGACAGCAGUCGCCGACGACAACUUCCCAGUUGCAUUCGUGGACUCGUUUCCAUCUGGAUUAGCUGGGCCUUCUGGGGAGGAGGAUUGCAGAAGAGAAAUAGUCCAGCUAGGGUUGGAGCUACGAACUCAACGUUUCAUUGCGAACCUUCAGUCGGACACGGGAAGCCAAAGUUCCGGGCCUGAAGAAUUGCUAGAAGAUGUGUUUUACAAUCCUUCUCUCGGCGAGUACGAUGCCGGACUGAAGGGCUGGACGAUGAAUGGCCUUGAGAACGAUGAGGACCAAUUGCCUGAAGAAUUUCAUGGCAUAGUUCAGGAAAGGAUAUUGUUAAUCCGUAGAUUGCUAUCGAGGAAGGGAGGCCUGGAGGCAGAGUUCCCAUGGUCAGGUUUUGUCAUCGAUAUUGCAAAUUGGAUUCGACGACGGGCGGAUGACAUUGACCAGCAGCUUAGCUCACAAAGGCCUGUUGAAGAAGCCGUCAAGAUUCUACAGGCUGAGCUGGACAAACGGUCCAGUUUUGGGCCGGGAAAUCCGUUGGAAACUACCUCAGAUCCUAUCCUAGAUGAGGUUGAGUCUCCGGUAGAGAGGAAUACCACACCAGAGAGACCAGUGGAAUGUGAUGAUAGGGAAAUUGAGGAAUCUGAAGCGGCCGCUAGCCCAACCGCUCGUCCGCAUCGCCGGUUCCGAGGAAAGGGUGCACUUCAGCGAGUGCUUGCGGUUGGUCCAGUGGAAGAGAUUCCUCCGAUUCUCGCACAACCAACUGCUGUGGAGGUAAACGAAGAGCCUCAGGCGGCUGAAAACCCAGUACCCCGCCCGCGUCGUCGGUUUCAAGGGAAGGGUGCGCUCCGGCGUGUCCUUGCGAUUGGGCCCUCGAAUGAAGCUCCCUCUACUUUACCUCCUGCUACGAAGAAUGGUACCAUACCACCACCAGGCCAAGACAAGGAGACACCAGCGGCUGUGUUAGGCCCGCGCAUAAAUUCUGAGGAACCAUCCGCGUCCCUCCUACAAAAUUCACCGCCCCGGCCUACCCCAAGAAUAGGCAUCCAAGAAUCGCCACAAAAGAACGGGCUAAGUAACAGGCACGAAGAAGAGUUACCUCCUCUUUCAUCAGCAGAGAUAUGGAGGCUUUCGGAAGAAGGAAAGAAGACCCUAAAAAUAAAGCAAGAAAACAGACCUCGUGGAGCAUUCAUAGACCGACAAGCUGAUGCACGCAGGGUUUCGCCCAUUAGCUUCACCCCUAGCCCGCGCUCUAAUGGGCCCCCUGCACGAAGCCCGCAGAAACGCUCUGCAGCCGAAGCUUUAGAUCCUCACGAUGAUGAAUCUGAGGAUGAUGAUGAUGAUGACGAUGAUGAUGAAUUCGAAACUGAUAAUCGCCCGCCGAAGAAACGGCGUGUAGCUAACACACCAGCUCCUCCUCGGCCUACCCCAGCUUCAGGCCCUCGCAUAGCUUCAACAAGUAAUAGCAGACAGGCCUCUAUCAGCAACAACUCAGCUACUGGCACUGCUCCUCCACCACAGCGGUUUGAACAGGUAGCUGUAGAGACACAACCUGUAUUGAAUUGGGCCCCACGUAGAGCUUGGUCACUUGAAGAAGAAGCCUGUCUGAGAGAACUGAUCGAUGAGUGUGGCGGGCCCGCCUGGUCAGAGAUAAAGAAGCGAGACUCCAUGGCAGGGAAUAUACUAUUCAAGCGCACUCAAGUACAGAUCAAGGACAAAGGCGGUCAGAUGCAUUAUGAUGAUUUGAUGUGA